UGAGAGCUCCUUGAGGUCAGUGUUUUUGUUUUUACUUGUAUCUGGCAUUUAAUAUUUUCUGACUGAGUGAAAGAAAAAUGAAGAAUCGUUUGAAAGAAGAGUGAGAACAUUUAACAGGGGAGCUGAGCUUUGAUGGAAGAAAUGGAUUGUGAGUGGCACAGUUGAAGUAGUUUUCUGGCAAUAAGGAAUAGUUUGCACCCAUCAAUAGAGACUUAGGAACAAAGUCCAGUAGAGCUGGGGAAAGUGGUCAGGAAAAAUGGGGGGCAUAAGAAUAUAGUGCACAAUGUGAGGAGGAAUGACACAUUUUCAAGAGUUUAAAAACAUUUAAGUAAGCAUAGGUUUACAGUGAGAGUUGACAGUAACUCGUGAGGUUUAGACUCCAACAUACACACCAUAUCCAAUGAACUUUGUGCUUUUCAACUUGGUCUAAGACCUUCAAAACCUUUCCUGACGUAGGAAGGCACAGCUAGAAUUGGAAAUGGAUAAAGAAAAUAAAAUGUAUCACAAUCCACAGUCCAUCGUGCUACACCCCCACAAACCCUUCCCCAAUGCAGCAAUGAAAAAAACAAAACAAAAACAAAAAACUGCCGUUGGUCCCAAUGGGUAGCAGCUUCCUUCCAAAGUGAGAGUGUCUGUCUAGGUGGCGCAGCCUCAUUUGUUUUCAUGUAAAAAGGUUUAAAAAAUUUUUUUAAACACGGCCUACACAGGAGCGAUGCGAAGACCCGAGGCUCCCCAGUCCCCGGUACCUCCUCCCUUCUCCCCAGCCCUGCCCCCGCCCCUUCUCACCUCAUCAGCGAGCGCAACCUUAAAAACACGUGUCCGUUUCACCCACCCACGGGACUUCCUCGCCCGCACUCUCCGGAUGGGCUUCCCCUACCAGCACCACCACCUCCCGCCCCACAGACACGCGAGAGCCGGGUGGGGCCUAGGGAACAAGAAAAGUCUAGGAUUUCCUCUUCCUCCACACCUCCCAGCGGACCCCCCACGAGAGCCUUUAGGGUGCCCCAGGAAAAAGCCCACGACACACGGUCUGGGCAUUUGUUCCGUUCACGUCCAUAACCUCCACUCCACCUUUAUUAGCAUACCAGAGCUAAGGUGGGUGGGAGUGUGUGUGUGUUGGCGGGGGUGUCUGUACUACUGCAGCAGCCCCACGGAUGCAGAGAGAAUCCAGGGACCCGCCAAAUCCGGCAGGGGACAGCCUCCUUUUCUUCACCUUUCCCACCUAAGUUCAAUAGGCAGCCUCGUGCCCCAGGCGGGCAGAACGGGCACAACCCGCAGAAGGAUGGACCUGGUCCACAGGUGCGCUGGAGCGGGAUUUCCCCCUUCCCAUCUGUUUCCCUUCUCCCCGGCUGGGGGUCCUCGUGUACAAAACGAGGGAUUGAAGGCAUCCAAUGCAGCAGCCAACCUUGCGACUCCUGGGUGUCCAGAAGGCGAGCCCCAGAAAAGCAACAAAUCUACUUCAGAUUUGAUUGGCCCAGGAGACUAAAGUUCAAAAAAAUAUCCAGACCCUUCGUUUAUUACAUUCCGCCCUCCAGAACUUUUUUGGGAACUGACUAGCUAACCAAAGCAUUUCACUAUCUUUGUGGAAUAUACUUUCUAUGCAAGUAAAUCUCCUUUUGUUAACUGCUGAAUGACCUGAGGGCUUCAUUUUACUCUAACACCAAAUGUAAACUAACAUCAAAAUAGCAUGUCAGCUCUCCUUACACAAUCUGAUUUUAGGGAUGUUUAGAAAGACUCAAUAAAUUCAAAUUUCCCCUACUUGACUCAGUAUUGCUUUAAAUCUAUAGUUUUUAACUAAGUAAUCAUCUUUGGCAGCAAACUUUUUCAAAUGAACCACCAUCUAGGUUGGUACACUGGAUAUUGGAAAAAAGUGACAGACCUACUAUAACAUGUACUUCUGGCACUGACUGCAAGAAACUAAACUUAACUUAUGCCACAAUAAGGCAUUGGAAUGAGAUUCCUUAACCUUUCUCCCUUCCCCUCUCAUCCCAAUUUUCCUUUCCAAAUGGAAGAACAAAGAAUAUCUAUAUGUAGUGGAUAAGUAAAAGUUAAUGUUUUUCUAUUUUUUUUAAAGAGUUGUCAGCUUAUUUAAACUAGUCAGAUCGAAGCUAAUCACGAGUUGGUAUCACAACUAUGUCCUGAUUUGAUGUUUACUUUCGUCCUUUCAAAGGUUCUUAACUAGGGAUCUUUUUUUAAAAUUGGAUAACUGUUUGAAUGUUAUUAGUUUUCUUUGUAAUAUUUUGUGUUUUGUUUUAUGCAUUUAAAAACUAUUCUGAAAAGAGAACAUACGCUUCAUCAGACUGCUAGAGAGAUCCAUGGCACACACAAAAAAGAGAAGAACCCCUAUUCUAACCAGUCAGUGAUUUAACUAUAUAGUUAAAUCACUCUCAUCUGGGAAAUGUGUCAUUUAUCCCAACUGCUCCCUACUACAAAAGUAGGAUAGUGUAGCGGACAGAGUGCUAAUCUUGGAAUCAGGAAGACUCAUCUUUCAGAUUUCAAAUUCUUACUAUGUGACCCUGGGCAAGUCACUUAAUCUUAUUUGCCUCAGUUUACUCAUUUGUAAAAUGAACUGGAGAAGGGAAUGGCAAGUCACCACAAUAUCUGCCAAGGAAACCCCAAAUGGAGGUAGGAAGAAUUGGACAUUAGUAAACAACAAUAGAAAGAAGCAUGGUGGAUAUGAAUAGGUAGGAUAUUUUGCCAAUGAAGACAUUUGAAUAAGAAGUAGUCAUACUCUAGUGGAAGAUAUAUGCUAUCAUAUAAGCAAAAAUAAACCCU